AUCAACAGUGGGGAGAAUGGUUCCGGCUGUGCGCACACGGACGAAAUAAUGUGAUACACUUGAUGUGUUGCCUUGCCAAGUGUAAUUUCAUCAAGUUUAGACGCCAAAAUAUUGUGAAGACGCCCAGACUUCCCUCUUCCCCGAUCUACAGGGAGAAUACAGACGUCGGCAACAUGUCCUAGGUCUGCAUCUGGGACUCCUCCGAGUUGGAUGUGCCUGGAGUACAUCUCACAUUAGGGGUCCAAGACGCUCCCUAAAAAAUGUCAGAGCCACCUCAACUGGUUUACAGGUGCUGUGUGCUGUGGAAACUGAAAUUGCCGCCAUAAUCCAGAGCAGAUCAGACGAAUACUUCAAAACAACUUGCUAGCCAAAGGUCAAUACCGGAUAGACAAGUCACAUGAUGGCCCCUAAGAAGAAGGCUUCACGCCAGAAAAAGGCGCCCACUGACGCCAUUUCCGAGGCAGCCGUGGAGAGCCCCCCUGCAUCUCUGAAGGUGGAGCGACGCGGGGAUGGUGUGGUGGUCGUGGAGGGUGGCGUGAAGAAGAUCGAGCAGAUGGCAGCUCUGGACAUCGCUCAGCUCAACAGCCUGAACCUGCCGCUGCCACCUCCCGUCAUCAAGCCGGGGGAGAGGGGCCUUGGUCUGGGCAGCGAGCUGACCCGACCCCUGCACGGCAAUGCCCUUUUGGAGGAGCUCAGCAAGAUGCGCCAGGAGAAGUUUCUGACUGACCUGGAGUUGGGCUCCAAGACGAAGACCUUUGACGUCCAUAAGUUGGUCAUUUCCUCUGUCAGUCAGUAUUUCAGAGAGAUCCUUGCCAAAGACCCCAACAUGAAGCGCCUGGAGCUCCCUUCCCUCUCUCCCCUUGGACUGGCCAACGUGAUCACCUUCGCCUACCUUGGUCGUGUCCACAUGUCGCUCUACACCAUCGGCUGCACCGUCUCUGCGGCUGCCACUCUGCAGAUUCCUCAGCUUCUCAAGAUGUGCAUGGACUUCCUGCUGGCCGAGCUCAACGUCCAGACCUGUGUUUACAUCUGGAACAUCGCAGCUGCUUACGGCCUGCUGCCGGUGUGCGAAGCGGCACGGCGGUUCGUCCUGGACAACUUCGUGCAGUUCUCGGAGACUCCGCUCUUCACUCAACUGACCCUGGAGCAGAUCUCAGCGUUUCUGCAGGAUGACACACUGGUGCUGCCGUCUGAGGUUACUGCCUUCCAGCUGGCACAGAAGUGGCUGGACUUUGAUGCCACCCGUCAUCCUCAUGCCGGCGAGCUCCUGUCACAUGUUCGGUUCGAGACUAUCCCCGCCAGCGAGUUGGUCAGUCAAAUCCAGCCGGUACCUCGGAUGAUGAUGGACCCUCAGUGUCACCGUCUGCUGGUGGACGCCAUGAACUACCACCUCCUGCCGUACCAGCAGAACACCUUGCAGUCCAGACGCACUCAGGUCCGAGCCAGCCAGCAGACGUUGCUGACGAUCGGCGGCCGUCCCUCGCUGACCGAGCGCGCUCUCAGCCGGGAGGUGUUGUGGAGGGACCCGAGAGAAGGAGGAGCGACCUGGCGCCACCUCACACAGCUGCCAGCCAAGAGCUUCAACCAGUGUGUGGCUGUGAUGGAUGGCUUCUUAUAUGUGGCUGGAGGAGAGGAUCAAAAUGACGCUCGUAACCAGGCCAAACAUGCCGUCAGCACCCUCAGCAGAUAUGACCCACGUUUCAACACGUGGCUCCACCUGGCCAGCAUGCGUCAGCGCCGCACCCACUUCUCCCUGGCUGCCAGCGGCGGACGCCUGUUUGCCAUCGGGGGUCGUAACGUGGAAGGUCUCCUUGCCACCACUGAGAGCUAUGUGCCCUCAUCUAACACCUGGCAGAUGCGUGCACCCAUGGAAGCCCCUCGCUGUUGUCACUCAAGUGCCACGCUGCCCUCGGGUGACAUCUUGGUGACCGGCGGCUACAUCAACUGCGCCUACUCUCGCUCCGUGGCCUGCUACAGCGUGGAGACUGACACCUGGUCUGAGAAGGUGUCAAUGGAAACACCCCGCGGUUGGCACUGCUCCGCAACCCUAGGUGGGAAGGUGUAUGUAGUCGGUGGGAGUCAGCUGGGCCCCAGCGGCGAGCGUGUGGACGUGCUGUCCAUGGAGGUCUUCUCCCCUGAGAGUGGCACGUGGAGCCGCGCCGCUCCUCUACGGCUGGGCGUGAGCACGGCCGGCCUCUCCUCGAUGGACAACAAGCUGUUCUUGCUGGGAGGCUGGAAUGAAGCAGAGAAGCGCUACAAGGCCGCCGUCCAGAAGUACGACCCCGCUACCGACAGCUGGUCCAUGGGUGAGGGUCUGCCUGAGCCCACCGUGGGAGUGUCCUGCUGUGCGCUGUCGCUUCCACCUCGACAUGCACCACGCAGGCAGCAGCACCGCAACACCCCAAGCGAAGACCAGCAGCAGGUGGUGAAGAACCGAAGCAGAGAAAACAGCGUGGCGCCAGCCCAGACCAUCAAGACGUAAAGAAGCAUCCGCCGAAGACGCACAAGUGGGAAGGCUUGUCGCUCCAGGCAGGCAUCUGGACCAUGUCGGCCCUGUUUGGUUUACUUGCGUGGUAGCUGGUGGGGCUGCACGAUGUCAGACACCUCGAGUAGAGAAUAUGUAAGUGUGUGUAACUGUGUUGUCUGUUGCCCUUUGUUAGCUUUAUUGCUAGCUGCUUCGUGGAACUCUAAAAAUGACUUUUCUAUUCCCCUAGCUUGAGAUGAAUGGAUUCUGUCCUCAUGCAGCAUUUUGGGCUCCUGUUGGAGUUAAAGCUAAAAAGAGCCAGUGUGGGUUGAGUCACAUGCAAAAUUCAUACUGUAUUUUAGGUACAUGACAAGACAGUCCUGCAAUGAACCUUGCUCUAAUCUAACUUCUGGUAAAGUCUGGUAAAUCAGAUGGAAUUCACUCCUAUAUAACAGCGUCAGGCAACACUCUGUGACAUUAAAUACAAAGCAUUGUAAAUAAGCCAUUUUGUUUUUGGCCUUUGCAUAUGUAAAUAUACUCAUGCUGUAGCCGUAGAAGCAGCUUUACUGUUAGAUACCGCGCAUGUUAAUAGAGCAUCAGUGGUCGAAACAUCAUGCAGCCCCUUUCAACUACCAUUAAAUUGUAAACAAAUAUAUCGAUGAAUGUGACGCAAGUGUUUUAUAAUAUAAUGUCAUUAUUUAAUUUGUAAGUCAAACCUCAAAAUGUGAAGCGACAGAAUUAGUGUUAAAAAGAAAAGUAAAACAGGAAGAAGGAGUGGAGCGCUGGCAUGGUCCAGAGAGGGCGAGGAAGGGAGGCAUCGGGAAUGUUGGAAGUUCAACACAGAAUGGUGGAUGAGUGAUGGAAAGAGGAGAGCUGUUGGGAAAGGUUGGGGUCACUGUUAAGCUACUAUCAGUGUGUCUACCAAUAUAUGUUGAGAGGAAGUGUGUAUGUGUCUGUGUGUGUGUUGUGUGAAUGGAGAUGUGCGUGUAGCUAUGAUAGGAAAUGAGCCAUUUUCACGUAAUCUAUCAUCAGACUUGAAAUAUUUCCAUCAAAAUAACCAGCAGCUUAGUGUCAUGUUUGAAAUGUAACCUACCAGCCAUAGACUACACCUAUAAAUAAAUGUGUUUUUACUUUCUCACUUAGUUGAGCUUAAAAAAAGGAAGAAAAAAAUUAAAAUAAAAAAAAAAGGAAAAAGUGUGGUACGAAUGCUCACAAGUGGUUUGAGGUUUUUCAUAUCCAAUUCGAAGCGAAACUAUCAAUGAAACUAUGAAACCUUAAGGAACCAGUGUGACUCCAACAGAUUUAUUCAAUUAUUGUGGCUUUGUCAUGAGGCUGACUGGGGUCAUUUCAUUUGGCAGUUCCCUCAGUAAGUGCAAUGUCAACAUGGAUGUUGGAGUUUCACUGAAUAAAGCCAAU